UACAUCAUUAAUUAUUAUGAAUAAAUAAUAAUUAAUAAUUAAUAGGUACCUAAACUUAAUUAUAUAUUUUAACGAUUGUCGUCAUUCGUCUUAAUUCUCGAGUAUUCACAUUUCGUGUUCAGCCCAGGGCCGGUACCGAUACGUUUUACCACGGUUAAUCGCCUUGAACAAGUUCUAUUUCAGCCAAGAAGAGACGUCACGUGCGCUUAAGACCGGCCUGUCCAGACUCGCUUGACAAUCGACAUGCACGAUCCUCUACUGAUAACUGUACAACGUCAAUUGAUUUUGGUAUAACUGUUUCAAGUCGUCGGCCAAAUAAUGUAUAGUAACUAACAGAUAUACAUAUAAAAUAAAACAUUGAAACGUCAAAGAAUCUAAUAAUAUGGACUAUUUAAACAAUCUUGAAGGAAUAGUAACUAAGAAUGGUGAUAUGGUAACAUUUAUAGCUGAAGAUUUGGAAAGCAAACUUAAACAGACAAGCCCAACAAUGCCUACCAGACCUUUAGGAAGAUUUGUUUUAGAUGCCAAUUUACUAAACGAUUUAGAGUUUGAAGCCAGAAAUAUUGCUGCAUCUGUAGAUACAUUAUCAGAAUCUCUCUCAGGAGUUUUACAUAGCAUGUCUGCAUUAACUGUUGACUGUUUGGAAAUAUACAGGGAUGUAGUUUGUAAAACAUGCGAUUCAAUUGAUGCUAAUAUUAAAUCUAUGUAUCAAUUAAUGGCUAAAUGCGAAGAAGUCUCAAAAGAAAUGGAACCUAUCUAUAAAUUAGCUCAACAAGUUAAAGAUAUAAAACACAUUUUAGAUCUAUUUGAGAAUGCAGUUAAUUGAUAUCAUAUUUGUAAUAAUAUAUACAUAAAACAUUUGUUCUAAAUCAUUUUUAUUUAAUACAUACAAUUUUUAUUAUUAUUAUUGUCAGUCAUAUUAAAACUGGUAUCAUCAAUGUAUGGAUGUAUAUAUUAUUAUAAGUU